CCACCCACCCAUCAAAUAUAAUCCAUUAUUAUUAACAUUGAUCAUUUCCUCCUCCAACUCCGCCACCGAAUUAAAUGGCGCACCUCCCCUACUACCACCUUAAACACAAGCUCUUCAUCUUUUUCAACCAUAAACUAAAACUCUAUUACAUGCUCUCCCUCAUUCUCCUUUGCACUAUCUCUUAUCUCCUAGGCUCUUACCACCCUAACACCCAACCGUCGUCGCUUUUCCCUACUAAACUCUCUUCUUCUUGUUUCACCUCCGCCUCUAACUCCACCAAUCCGCUCCCGGUCCCCCUCGACUUCUCCUCCCACCAUUCACUCUCCUCCUCGGCGCGUGUCCCUCACUUCCCUCCAUGCAGCCUUAACUCAUCCGAAUACACCCCAUGUCACGAUGUCGAACGCUCCCUUCGUUUCCCACGGACGCGCCUUAUCUACCGUGAGAGGCACUGUCCGUUGGAGGAGGGAGAGUUUCUUAGGUGCCGUGUCCCUGCACCUCAUGGGUAUACGACGCCGUUUCGAUGGCCGGAGAGUAGGGACAUGGUUUGGUACGCUAAUGUUCCUCAUAAAUGGUUGACCGUUGAAAAAGCCGGACAAAAUUGGGUCCGAUUUGAAGGAGACCGGUUUACUUUCCCGGGUGGUGGAACUAUGUUCCCUCAUGGUGCUGAUGCUUAUAUUGACGAGAUUGGGAAAAUUAUUAAUCUCAAAGACGGCUCGGUUCGAACCGCUAUUGAUACCGGUUGCGGGGUUGCAAGUUUUGGAGCUUACCUUUUGUCACGCAACAUCCUACCAGUGUCAUUUGCACCAAAAGACACACAUGAAGCUCAGGUUCAGUUUGCCCUUGAAAGGGGUGUCCCGGCAUUGAUAGGGAUCAUGGCUACCAACCGCCUUCCUUAUCCUUCUAGAUCUUUUGACAUGGCUCAUUGCUCGCGCUGCCUCAUCCCAUGGGGUCAAUAUGACGGGCUAUACUUGAUUGAAGUGGAUCGGAUCCUACGGCCUGGAGGUUACUGGAUCCUUUCAGGCCCACCCAUCAACUGGGAGUCUCAUUGGAAAGGUUGGGAGAGAAGCAAGGAAGAUCUGCAUUCAGAACAAUCAAGCAUUGAAGCUGUUGCAAAAAGCCUAUGCUGGAAAAAACUAAAGCAAAAAGGGGACAUUGCAGUAUGGCAGAAGCCUUCUAAUCAUGUUCACUGCAAGCAGAGCCGCAGGGUUUUCAAGAAGCCGCGGUUUUGUGAGACUCAAGACCCUGAUCUAGCAUGGUAUACAAAAUUAGAAGAAUGUCUAACCCCACUCCCUGCAGUCUCCAACAUAACACAGACUGCAGGAGGGCAAAGAGCGAAAUGGCCAGCUAGACUAACAGCAAUUCCUCCAAGGGUGAAUAGUGGUAGCUUAGAAGGUAUAACCCCUAAGGUUUUCACAACAGAUACCGCGAUUUGGAAGGAGAGGUUAGCAUACUACAAAUCCUUGAACGGUGAGCUAAGUGAUGCAGGGAGGUAUCGCAAUAUCCUUGACAUGAAUGCCAACUUAGGAGGCUUUGCAGCUGCCCUUGUUAAUGAUCCUGUUUGGGUUAUGAAUGUUGUCCCUGUUGAGUCUAAGGCUAACACUCUUGGAGUCAUUUUCGAGCGUGGCUUGAUUGGUACAUAUCAAAGCUGGUGUGAGGCAAUGUCUACUUAUCCAAGAACUUACGAUUUGUUACAUGCCGAUUCUGUGUUUACCCUUUACGAUGGAAGGUGUAAGAUGGAAGACAUUCUGUUAGAAAUGGACAGGAUAUUACGGCCGGAAGGUUGCGUGAUAUUUAGAGAUGACAUAGAUGUUUUAGUGAAAGUGAAGAAUAACAUUGAGCAAAUGCAAUGGAAUAGCAUAAUAUAUGAUCAUGAACAAGGACCAAUGCAAAGGGAAAAGGUUAUGGUUGUUGUUAAACAAUAUUGGACAGCCCCUGCACCUGCACAAACUGCUUAAACUUAACCAAUUCUUUUGUAACUUCUUUUUUGGAUGGCCUAUUUAUUAUAGAACAUUUUUCAGUGAUGCAUUCUUCGGGUUGCCCAGCCUCUCUCAAGACCCGACCCAAAAACCGACAACGUUAUCCGGCCUUGGCUAUACCACCCCUAUCUUUUUGUUCUUCGUGGAGCCUAAGGGAUUAAGGAAGAUGGUACAACCUGAUUUCUUCCGACAUCUAUACAGUGAUACAACUAUACAAGAGUAUUAAUUGAUUUGGAAAUUUCCAAUACUUUAGUGGAUUCUAAUUAGUGAUGUAAUUGAUUGGUUUUGUAGAGUUAGAAAAUUAUCAUAAAACAGAAUUUAUGAUUUGUAUGACAUCAUGAUUGGGAUCUUCUCGGGUAUAUGAAAAUGUCAAAAUUAUGA